GUACUGUAUUGUCGGAGAAAUAUUCAGAACAAAGAAAAGCGCAGUAAAACAAAUAAACGCAGAAAAAGAAAGGAGAAAACUUGAAAUCUGGAAACGAUGGAUUCGCGCAGCAACAAAGAAGCAGUUCAAGCAACAAACGACGACGCUUCGGCCAGCAAACUGUCGUGCGUGAAGAAAGGGUACAUGAAAGACGAUUAUGUCCAUUUGUUUGUGAGAAGACCUGUCAGAAGAUCUCCGAUUAUUAACCGCGGGUACUUUGCUCGUUGGGCUGCUCUGCGGAAGCUUCUGAAUCAGUUUCUUGAUACCGAAGGAAAUGCGUGUGAAAAGGGUCAUUUGAAGAAGCAGAUAUUAUCACUUGGAGCUGGCUUUGAUACAACAUAUUUUCAGCUGCAGGAUGAGGGGAAAGCACCACAUUUGUAUGUUGAGCUGGAUUUUAAGGAGGUAACUAGUAAGAAGGCCACACUUAUUGAAACGUGCAGUCAUUUGAGGGACAAAAUUAGUGCUACAGCAUCAAUCUCUCGAGAGAGUGGAGAAGUGCUCAGUGACCACUACAAGCUGCUUCCUGUUGAUUUGCGUGACAUACCAAAAUUAGACGAUGUUAUAACUUUAGCUGGUAUGGAUCCGAGCCUUCCAACUUUUAUAAUUGCAGAAUGUGUUUUGAUAUACCUGGAUCCAGAUUCAAGUCGUUCCAUAGUUAGAUGGACAUCAAAAACAUUUUCAACGGCAAUAUUUUUCUUGUAUGAGCAGAUUCAUCCAGAUGAUGCUUUUGGGCAGCAGAUGAUCCGAAACUUGGAGAGUCGUGGCUGUUCACUCUUGGGCAUACAUGAUACACCAACAUUACAGGCAAAGGAAAACCUUUUUGUUGAACAAGGAUGGCAGAGGGCUGUUGCCUGGGACAUGCUUAAAGUAUACAGUGAUUUUGUUGAAGCUCAAGAAAGACGCAGAACAAUCAUUCUGUAAUUGAAAAAGAAUCCCAAUUAAAGAACCAGUGAACCAGGCGUCCACUGAGGGUUAAUAAAAUACUACAGAGGCAAUGAACUCAAAAUACAACCAAAGAUCAGAAUAACUAUCAAAUAUAGCGACACAGCCAGUUCCUGCAUGAGAGGAAAAUAUUCACCUUGCCAAUUACCAAGGCACGUUUCUUUGUCAUUCCCAUCACAUAACUAUUACCAGAAAAAUUGGAUUAGUAUUUAUCAAAUUCUUCCCCUUAUAUUAAUGUCUUUGAGUUCUGCAAAUCUGUAAAACUGUCUGGCUUUCAGAAUUGUUUGAUAGCCAUUUUAUUGUGCUUGAAUUUCAAGAAAACUGGUUAAGGGACCUGCUUGAAACAAAUUUAGAUAGUCCAAGCUAACCAUGAAGUUUUAGUACUCAAAUUUGGGGUUCACUUUAUGACUAAUUGAUUUUUUACCGGCUUAGAAAGCCAUAUCCUAGUUUAAUUUUUACCGGCUUAGGAAAGGGUCGAAUAACUGCCUUAUCAGAAUCUUACUUUACAGAAAAUUAGAUUCCACUGGACUUUUCUCUGGAAGUCUUUUCCCCGAUUUUAAGCUUUUUCUUGUUCUUGUUGGUUUUGGUAUUUCUAUUCCUAUUAUGUUUUAAAGUUCCCUUGAUUUAUCUGGUUGUACUACUAGUGAUAUUGUGGUACCACCUUUGCUUUUCGAGGUUCUAAAGCUUCUAGUUUCUAGGAUAUAAAGCGCCGUUGCUUUGGUUUUUGUUUCUGUUUCUCUGUCCAUGCAUUUGUUCUUUUUAUCUGCUCUUUGUCAGCUAACUUGCUAUUGUUUCUGAAUUAUUCUUGGGGUAUGUGUU